GUUUGCACCCAAUAAAUACUCUUCACAGUGCCGUACUAAACCUCACACCUGAAGAGUACCUCACCUGUGACACCUGAAAACUCACUGUCGGAAAAGCAAAACUCCAAAAUGCUUAUAAAUCUCCUGAAAAACUCACAUGGAGAUGAGGGUUUUAAUAACUGGGAGUUGACGCAGAACGGUGGAGAUAAAUGGCAAAUUGAACCGACGCCUGAUGAUGCAGUGGCUGCAUACUUCUGCACCUCACAUGAGCCGUGUCUAAAAAAACAAGUGAUUGAUCUGGUGAAAAGCGGUUAUAUUGCUUCAUAUUUAGAUUCUGGGCCUGAAGUGACUGUGAGGGACUGGUACAGCAGUCGACCUGACUGUGGGGGCGUUUAUAGGCUUACUGUGUCACUGCUCAAUGCAAAUCGAGGUGUCAUUGCUACAUUUAAGCCGGCUGAUGUGACUGUGCCCCAGGGUGGCGACUGGACAGAGGUGACUCACAAGUUUACAGGUUAUGGUCCUGGUCUACGCUUCAUCUCUUUUGAACAUGGUGGUCAAGACACUAGAAACUGGAAAGGCUGCUAUGGAAUACGAGUCACUGGAAGUUCAGUCACCGUACCCCCAAAACCCUAAUAUGUGAUUCAAUAAUGUUACUGAUUGGUCAGCACUUUGCUUUUCACAAAACUAUUAGUAAAGUAACAUUAAAAAAUCUUUAGAGCUGAACCUUGCUAAAAAAAUGCAAAGCAUUUGCUUAUGUUUUUUAAAAGAUUUAAGAAUACAAACACAUAAACUAAUAUCUGAAAGAAAAUUAUACAUGUGUGGAAUUAAUUGAAAUAAUUUUCUGCUGUCAGCUUAAUAAAGUCCCCCUGUGUUGAA